AUGCAUGGAGGCAACCAGAGUGAGGACUCCGAAUUUCUACUCAUAGGCCUUUCAGAGGUUCCUGAGCAGCAACAGAUCCUGUUUUGGACGUUCUUGUCCAUGUACCUGGUCACAGUGAUGGGAAAUGUGCUCAUCAUCCUGGCCAUCGGCUCUGACUCCCGCCUGCACACUCCCAUGUACUUCUUCCUGGCCAAUCUCUCCUUCACUGACCUCUUUUUCAUCACGAACACAAUCCCCAAGAUGCUGGUGAACCUUCAGUCCCAGAACAAAGCCAUCUCCUAUGCAGGGUGCCUGACCCAGCUCUAUUUCCUGGUCUCCUUGGUGGCCCUGGACAAUCUCAUCCUGGCUGUGAUGGCAUAUGACCGCUAUGUAGCCAUCUGCCGCCCCCUCCAUUAUACAACCGCCAUGAGCCCUAAGCUCUGUACCUUUCUCCUCGCCUUGUGUUGGGCCCUAUCUAUCUUCUAUGGUCUCAUUCACACCAUCCUCAUGACCAGGGUGACAUUUUGUGGGUCCCGCAAAAUUCACUACAUCUUCUGUGAGAUGUACGUCCUGCUCAGGCUUGCGUGUUCCGACACCCAGAUCAACCACACCAUGCUAAUUGCCACAGGCUGCCUCAUGUUUCUCACUCCUUUUGGGUUCAUGAUCGUGUCCUAUGUCUAUAUCGUCAAAGCCAUUCUCAGAAUACCCUCAGCCUCUAACAAGGACAAAGCUUUCGCUACCUGUGCUUCGCAUUUGGCUGUGGUUUCCCUCUUCUAUGGUACACUUUGUAUGGUAUAUCUGCAGCCCCUCCAUACCUACUCCCUCAAGGAUUCAGUAGCCACAGUGAUGUAUGCUGUGGUGACUCCCAUGAUGAACCCUUUCAUCUACAGUCUGAGGAAUAAGGACAUGCAUGGCGCUCUGGGAAGACUCCUAAAGAAACCCUGUCAGAGGUAA